UGAUUCAACUCUAUCAUUGUUCAUUGUUUCUCGUUUGCUGUUGUUGUUGUUGUUAUUGUUGAGGGAAGGAUGGCGCAGCAAUCAACUCACAGUGAACCAGCGCUCGCUGCGCCCGAGUUUGAGAGCGCCGCCGCCGAGCUCGACACGCCCGAUUUGACUGGGUACGAGCCGUUCGUCACACACAAAGAGUUCACCAUCUACCGGCGGCCGCGCGAGCCGCUCUACGAGUACAAGGUGGUCGGCGUGUUGGCGGGAAUCGACCCGGCGACCUGUCUCGCAGUCUACACCGACCACCAGUACCGCCGCACCUGGGACGAGUACAUCAAGGACAUCCGCGCCAUUCCAGACACUGACGGCGGACACUAUUGCCGAAUUGCCUAUCCAUGGCCACUUGCACACCGAGACUACGUGUACUGGAUGCGAACGCGACUCCUGGGCGACGGCGAUACCCAAGUCAGCGUUACAAUCGGGCGUUGUCACCACCACCCUGCUUUCGCCGAAGUGAAGGGCGUUGUUCGAGUCGAUAGUUAUGCGCAAACUCUUGUCAUGCGCAAGGCGUCGGGCGGUACGUUGGGCACUCAGGUCUUCAUGGAGUACUUUGACGACCCCAAAGGUCACAUCCCGAGCUGGCUGAUCAACUGGGCCGCCCAAAAGGGCGUUCCAGCGUUCUUGGAUCAAAUGCACAAGGCGUGCCUCAACUACCCCGGCCGAAAGUAGUCCUGAGUGAUGCGAUUUUAACCUGUCUUAUGACCUUGAUUUUGUUUGAUGGACGAGGUUGAUACUGUGCCGUUCAAGUGACAAGAUUUGGCAAUUCAAUGGUCUUCUUUGAGCCCACCCCCUUCGCCUUCGCGCCGCCCCUCUACAAGCACCACACCUCAUCAUACGACGAUACACGCC